AUGGGCCAGCGGCACCCGCGGCGCUCGAGGCGGUCGGCUUCAGGGUAUAGCCGUGACAAGGCUCGGCUAGGGGACACGUUGGAGGUCAUCAAGUUCCUGUGCAAGGACUUUUGGCAGGCUCUGUUCAAGAAGCAGGUGGACAACCUCAGAACAAACCACCGGGGCAUCUACGUGCUGCAGGACCAUAGCUUCCGCUGGCUGCUGCGCCUGGCGCCCGCCGCGCCCGUGCAGGAGGGGUCGCGGCCCGAGUUCCUUGCGCGCUCGGCGCAGCCCUACCUCUACCUGCCUUGCGGCAUCAUCCGCGGUGCGCUGACCCACCUGGGCGUCAACUGCACUGUGGAGGCGGAUGCCAAGGCCCUGCCCAGCUGCAGCUUCACCAUCAAGAUCACGACAUGA